GAAAGGAGAGCUCUUUUUCUCUAGGCAGGGCCUGGUGAAGGCAGGCUUGAAAGAACCACAGGGAGUUGAUCCUGUGGGAGCACUGAGACGGGAGGGAUCUGAACUGGAAUGACCUGUCCUGGUUGGAGGGCUGGGCCAUGGAAGACAUAGCCAGAGACAGGCCAUUGCAGGGGCAAUGAUGCAGUUGGCAGCAGGUGUUGGAGAUGAAGACCCCAGGAACACCAUGAUCUGAUGGCAGAUGUGAUGUCCACAUUCUUCCAGUUUGGGGCUUCUAUCCAGCAAGAAGCCAUUGUCAUGCUGAAAGUGAUGCAAGAUUAUGACUGGCAUGUUUUUUCCCUGGUGACCAGCACCUUUCCUGGAUACCGGGACUUCAUAAGUUUCGUCAAGACCACAGUGGAAAACAGUUUUGUGGGCUGGGACAUGCAGAAUGUGAUCAUACUUGAUACUGCCAUUGGGGAUGCCAAGACCCAGAUUCAGUUGAAGAAAAUUCAUUCAUCAGUUAUUCUGCUUUAUUGUUCCAAGGAUGAAGCUGUUUACAUUCUGGAUGAAGCCCGUUCCCUAGGCCUUACAGGCUAUGAUUUCUUCUGGAUAGUCCCCAGCCUGGUUAGUGGCAACACAGAAAUCACUCCCAAGGAAUUUCCUUCAGGGCUAAUUUCAGCAUCCUAUGAUGAAUGGGACUAUAGUUUAGAAGCUCGAGUGCGGGACGCUCUUGGGAUUAUCAGCACAGCUGCAUCAGCCAUGUUGGAAAAGUACUCCUUCAUUCCAGAAGCAAAAACCAGCUGCUAUGGACAACUAGAGAAGAAUGAACAACCAUCUCACACACUACACAAGUUUAUGAUGAAUGUGACUUGGGAAGGUAAAGAUUUGUCCUUCACAGAAGAUGGUUACCAGGCACACCCAAAGCUGGUGGUGAUAGUGCUGAACAAGGACCGGAAGUGGGAGAAGGUGGGAAAAUGGGAGAACAAGACUCUGAGCCUGACGUAUUCCGUAUGGCCGAGAUUUAGUUCUUUCGCAGACAGUGACCCUGAUGACAACCACUUGAGUAUUGUUACCCUGGAGGAGGCCCCCUUUGUCAUCGUUGAGGAUAUGGAUCCUUUGACAGAAACUUGUGUAAAAAACACUGUGCCAUGCCGUAAAUUUGUCAAAAUUAACAACUCAACUAAUGAAGGAACUAACAUAAAGAAAUGUUGCAAGGGAUUCUGCAUUGACAUCCUGAAGAAGUUAUCUAGAACUGUGAAGUUCACAUAUGACCUAUAUCUGGUGACCAAUGGGAAGCAUGGCAAAAAGGUCAAUAAUGUGUGGAAUGGAAUGAUUGGUGAAGUGGUCUAUCAGAGAGCAGUUAUGGCUGUGGGUUCUCUCACAAUUAAUGAAGAGCGUUCAGAAGUGGUUGACUUCUCAGUGCCAUUUGUUGAGACUGGGAUAAGUGUCAUGGUGUCAAGGAGCAAUGGCACGGUGUCUCCAUCUGCAUUUCUAGAGCCUUUUAGUGCUUCUGUCUGGGUGAUGAUGUUUGUGAUGCUUCUCAUUGUGUCCGCCAUGGCUGUCUUUAUAUUUGAGUACUUUAGUCCUGUAGGAUAUAACAGGAACUUAGCAAAAGGGAAAGCUCCCCACGGGCCAUCCUUCACCAUUGGAAAAGCAGUGUGGUUGCUCUGGGGCUUGGUGUUCAACAACUCUGUGCCUGUUCAAAACCCGAAAGGGACAACCAGCAAAAUCAUGGUGUCAGUUUGGGCCUUUUUUGCUGUCAUUUUCCUGGCUAGCUACACUGCCAACCUGGCUGCAUUUAUGAUUCAAGAGGAAUUUGUUGACCAGGUGACUGGGCUAAGUGAUAAAAAGUUUCAGAGGCCACAUGAUUAUUCACCCCCCUUUCGAUUUGGAACCGUUCCAAAUGGGAGCACAGAGAGAAACAUCAGAAACAACUACCCAGAUAUGCACCUCUAUAUGACAAAGUAUAAUCAGAAAGGUGUUGAGGAUGCAUUGGUCAGCUUGAAAACUGGGAAGUUGGAUGCUUUCAUCUACGAUGCAGCAGUGCUGAAUUACAAGGCUGGAAGAGAUGAGGGCUGCAAACUUGUAACAAUAGGCAGCGGAUACAUCUUUGCCACUACGGGCUAUGGAAUAGCUCUUCAGAAAGGGUCACCUUGGAAGAGACAGAUUGACCUAGCACUCCUUCAGUUUGUUGGUGAUGGAGAGAUGGAAGAAUUGGAAACACUGUGGUUGACUGGUAUUUGUCAUAAUGAGAAGAAUGAAGUCAUGAGCAGCCAGCUGGAUAUUGACAACAUGGCAGGCGUAUUUUACAUGCUCGCAGCAGCUAUGGCACUCAGCCUAAUAACCUUUGUCUGGGAACAUUUGUUUUACUGGAAACUCAGAUUCUGCUUCACUGGGGUCUGCACAGAUAGGCCAGGAUUGUUGUUCUCGAUCAGUAGGGGUAUUUAUAGCUGUAUUCAUGGCGUGCACAUUGAGGAAAAGAAGAAAUCGCCUGACUUUACUUUGACCAGCUCCCAAACCAACAUGUUGAAACUACUGCGAACAGCCAAAAAUAUGACCAAUAUUAAUCCUUCAAGAAUUAAUUCCCCCAAAAGAACAGGUGAUUUUAUUCAAAGGGGUUCGCUAAUUAUGGACAUGGUCAUGGAUAAGGGGAAUUUGAUAUUCUCUGAAAACAGAUCCUUUCAGCCAAAGGACAACCUUUUUGGUGACAAUAUGAGUGAACUGCAAACAUUUGUCAGCAACCGACACAAAGACAAUCUUAACAACUAUGUUUUCCAAGGUCAGCAUCCUCUCACAUUAAAUGAAUCAAAUCCAAAUACAGUGGAAGUUGCUGUUACAGCAGAAGCAAAAGUAAACUCCAGACCCAGGCAGCUUUGGAAGAAAUCUGUGGAAUCUUUACGUCAAGAAUCGAUUCGUCAGAGCCAAGGUUCACAGAGAGAAAAUGGUUCAGAAGAAAAUAGGCAGCAUUCUGUGAAGGGCCAGAGAUACCUUCCCGAAGAGAUUGUCCAUUCGGAUGUAUCAGAGACCUCAAGCAGAACCACUUGCCAUAUGGAACCCGAAAACAAUAAUAAACACCACAAAACCAAGGACAAUGUUAAAAAAAGAUCAGUGGUGUCAAAAUACCCAAAGGACUGUAGUGAUGUGGAGCUGACAUACCUGAAAGCCAAACAAAGCACUCCUCGGGAUAAAAUUUACACAAUCGAUGCUGACAAGCAGCCAGGUCUCCACCUGAACCCACCCCAGUAUAUUGAAAAUAUUGUCCUUCCAGAGACUAUUGAAUUCCCUGCUGUUUACCAAGAUCACAAUGACAACUACAGGAAAGCAGAACAUGGUAACAGGACUCCUUUGCAUAAUGAAGACAGUCUUCCAAAUAAUGACCAGUACAAACUUUAUUCAAAGCACUAUAGCUUAAAAGAUAAAAAUGCUUCCCUGGUUGAGGUGAAUGAUAGAUAUAGACAGAAUUCCACCCAUUGCAGGAGCUGUCUUUCCAAUCUGCCCAGUUACACAGGCCAUUAUUCAAGCAGGUCUCCCUACAAAUGUGAUGCUUGCUUGCGGAUGGGGAACCUAUAUGAUAUUGAUGAAGAUCAAAUAUUGCAGGAAGCAGCCAACUCGGAGCAUCCUGAAGAAAUGUAUGAACAUGACUGGGUUCAGAAUAAUGCAAUCCAGCAUCAGAAAAAGGAUAAACUGAGGAUCAGCAGGCAACACUCUUUUGACAACAUCCUCGAUAAGUGCAGGGACAUAGAUAUUGGAAGACCUGCUCGCAGCAUAAGCUUGAAAGAGAAAGAGAGGUUUCUAGACACCAGCUCAUAUGCAAACACAUUUCAUGCCCCCCCAAGCAAACUGUUGAGUAACAAGAGCUCACUUGUAACGCAAACUCUGGAGGACAGUAAGCGGAGCAAAUCCCUGUAUCCUGGUCACUCUGCAGAUAACCCUUUUCUGCACUCCUAUCGUGAUGACCAGCACUUAGUUUUUGGGCGAAGUCCUGCUGAUCUUUACAAACAAUCAUUAGCAGCAAAAGCAAGAAAUGAUAAUUAUUCAAGGUCAUCCAUAAAGUCCACAGCAUCAUACAGUUCCCGAGAUGGCCGGGUCCAUAAUGAUAUGUACCUUUCAGAGCAUGUUAUGCCUUAUGUUGCAAAUAAGAAUAGUGUGUACUCAACUCCAAGAGUUUUAAAUUCCUGCAGCAAUAGACGUGUGUAUAAGAAAAUGCCAAGUAUUGAAUCAGACGUUUAAGUUUUCCAUUUACACUUUAUCUAUAGGGAAACAUAGUUGCCACCAUCUUAGAGGCAAAGAGUGUAUUCUUAAAUAGUACUAUGCUAAAUGAUAAUAUGCAAAACCCACAGUACUUGAAUAGGGAAGAUAUGACAUCUUUUCAGAUGUAUCCAGGGUUUGUUGAAAAGUGGGGGGAAGCCAUUUAUAUAAAUGGAGAUUGAAUUGAAGAGCCCCAAGAUACACAGGCACUGACUUUUAUUUUUCACAGUGAGUGUUCCACCCUGACUCCACCCUCCCUCGAAUGCCUGUUGGCAGCUGUGCUCAACAGCUGUGGCUGGUGGGUGCUGAGAACCCCCUAUAUUUUUUCCAUAGGUGCUUGAGCCCCAGAGCACCCACUGAGUUGGCACUUAUGCCAAGAUAUGUUGGCAACUAUGCUAUUUUGUGUAUUGAUUAUUUUACUAUUUUAGUUAUGCUAAAUUCUGUUACUGAGCAUCACUCAAUGUAUUUCUGCCAUCAGGAAUGUUUAAUGGUUUUCUAAUACUGGAUAAGCAAUAUGGUAUGCAUGUAGUUUGACAGACAAAAAGAAGUUAAGAGCGCAUUUGCACUGUAACUAAAUACAGGCUUGUAAAAGAAUAGAGUUAGACUUUCAAAGCUAUAUUUUAGUUUCAUAUUUGUAUGCAAACAGUCAAAAUAAUUAAAAAGAAAAAAACUCAGGACCCUAAAAUGGAAUAAAAAACUGUGUUAGCACAAAAAUGUUAUGCUCAUUCUAAUCUCAUAAAGAUAAAUGUGGAAAAUAUAGACCCAAACUGUUAUGUAUCAAAAGGAAGACAUAUGGAUAUUGGUUAAUGCUGGUGUACAAAUGCUUUCAUUAUAUUUCAUAAGCACUUACAGUUACAAACUCAGUUACUAAAAAAUUCUGCAGUUUCAUUGUGCAGUCAAAAAUA